AUGGAGUUACUCAACGGUGUAUUAGACAUACACUUUGCACUUCUAACAGCAUGUAAUAUUAUCGAAGCAGCUAAAAUUCUGGCUGUAUUCCCAACACCUUCGAUCAGCCACCAGGUAGUGUUCCGUCCCCUGACACGUGAACUAGCGGCACGCGGCCAUGAAGUGGUUGUUAUCACUCCAUUUCCCGCGUAUCCCGCAGGAGGGGGCCCGGCGAAUUUAACUGAAAUUGAUGUGGGACAUACUGUCCCAAUAUACAGAGAAGGCAAAAUAGCUCCAAGCUAUAAUCACGAUGCAGACAUAAGAGCAUUUAUAGAAACGCUGUUGCCUCUUGGAGCAAAAGUUGUUUUCGAACAAUUGCAAACGGUCGCUGUGAGUGAAAUAAUAAAAAAUAAAGAUAUCAAAUUUGAUUUAUUGAUAAUCGAAGCGUGGGUUAGACCCGAUUUGGCUUUCUCCCAUAGAUUCAAUGUGCCUGUAAUAAGAUUAGCUUCUAUUGGACCAUUUCUGAAUGAAUACGGUGUUAUGGGAGACAUGGGGCAUCCGUUGUACCACCCAACCUGUGCCUGUUCAAGGUGUCCUGAUGUAGAAAAAUUAACUUAUAUGGACAUGAUUUAUGAGAUAUAUAACUAUUUAUAUAUAAAUAAAAGAUACUGUUCUUUGGAAGAUGAAGAAGUUGCUAUGUUGAGAACUUAUUUUGGGCCUGACAUGCCAACUUUGAAUGAACUCAGCAAUAAUGUGGACUUGCUCGUUGUAAACACGCACCACGCUUGGGAAUUGAAUCGUCCCUUACCAUUGAGCGUGGUUCACGUUGGUGGGAUACAUUUAAAAUCGAAUUGCUCGUUGCCAGAGGAUUUGAAAAGAUACCUUGAUAACUCAGAGAAUGGUGUGUUAUAUGUUAGUUUUGGUACUAAUAUGAAACCCUCAUGGUUUCACCCGAAGACAUUGGAAGUUAUGGUCAAGGUCAUUUCUCAAUUGCCCUUCGACAUCUUAUGGAAGUGGGAUGAAGAGAAAUUACCAGCACACGCUAAGAAUAUCAAGGUAGCGAAGUGGUUUCCGCAGGAAUGUCUUCUAAGGCACCCAAAAAUUAAGCUGUUCGUAACCCAGGGUGGGUUGCAGUCGACGGAGGAGGCUAUAGCUGCUGGUGUCCCACUUGUGGGCAUCCCAAUAAAUGCUGAUCAGUAUACAAAUACGCAAUACUAUGUUCGAUAUAGGAUUGGAGUUAAAGUACUGAUGAAUAAUCUCACACAAGAGAGUCUCAGAGAGGCCAUUUACACAGUUUUAAAUGAUGAAAGCUACCGUCGCAAUAUAGUCCGUCUGCGCGCGCUGCUGCACGACGAGCGCCUGCCGCCGCUGGCGCGCGCCGUGUGGUGGACGGAGCACGUGCUGCGGCACGCGGGCACGCCGUAUCUGCGCGCGCCCGCCGCCAACAUGCACUGGGCGCACUACCACCAGCUGGACCUGAUCGUGCUCCUCGCCGCGCUCGCGCUCCUCGCCUGCUGCACUGUUUACACAGGCGCAAAGAUUCUUCUCAGGCUCACAACACUUCGUCGCUCCCCUCUCGCGGGCUUGGAGUGCCUUCUGCAUACGCCCCUGCACACGCCCGGUGAAGCUGAAAAGGCUAUCUGUGAUCAAAAGCAAUUACAACUCGAAGAUCAUCAGUCAUUCGCUGUUUGGGUGCCGAACGGACAAUAA